AUGAACUCGUUGUCUUUCAACCGUAUUCACAAGGUGAGACUUUUCCUAUCGCUUUUAAUAUUUUAAGAAUGACUGCCACCUUACGAAAAUUAAUGCACCUGAAUGCAGUCAAGGUUUUUACUUUGGAAAUAACAAGGUCAGUUUUUUGUAGCGGGCUUCGCUUUUAUGUCUCUACAACCAUUCUUCAGACAUUGAUUAAAAAAUUAAGCGAAUUUUUUUUCGGCGGAAAGAGCCGAGAUUGAACUCCGUUGCAAAUCGGAGAGUAAAAAUAAGCUCAAAUAUGGAUUUUAAAAUCGCAUGAAACGUAUUGAGGGAAGCUUGAAGCUUCUUUGCAUGCAAGAAGUUAAAGAAGAAGAGAAUUAUAUGGCGUUUUUUGUACAUUUGAUGUGUCAGAAUUUGAAUCUUUUAGAUGUUACUCUACUCUUGAGUGGCUGUAAGUACCUAUGAGAAUCAGCAACAAGCCUAGGGAUUGUAAAGCAUGCCAUAUUUGCCGUUUCUUUAUUAUAUCUUUCGCCGGGAUGAGAGUGCUCAUUGGCACCAAAAAUAAAUACCAUAAAUACGUAACAAGUUGUGGAAUUGUUAAUGAUAAAUUUCUUGCGAUAGUUCAUUCUUACACAUCUGCUAUUUCCGUUUGCUUGAAUAAAGAAUCUGAUUUCCUCUCUGUGAAUCUUUUAGAGAGCCACACUUUGAGCUUUCUGUAAACCCCAAAACAAUAAACCUUGUCACGUUUUUCGACGCCAUCUUGACGAGUAGGCAAACGCGUGAGAAAUUACAGUGUUUGUAUGAGAAUCUAAUGUCGAAUAAUUUCCGUAAAACGGCUGUUCUGAAAAAAAUUUCAAUCGUAAACUAAAGCUACAAAGCAAAGGAUUGUCCUAAAAAAAUUGGGGGGCGUACCUGCGCUUAAAUUUCUCCAGAGGCUUGCUUAAGAUUUUCCAUAUAUUUGUCUGUAAUUUUCCCGGGACUUUCUUACAACAAAUGUAUAGAAAAUUUUAAGAAGUGAUUGUAGGUCUUCUAGAGCAUGUAACGCCCUCAAAUUUGUUCAGGAGAAUCCUUAGGAGUGAAAGUUUAGUUUACAAAUCAUAUUUUUUUUCAGAACAGCCGUUCUACGGACAUUACUCAACAUUAGAUUCUCAUACAAACACUGUAAUUUCUCACGCGUUUGCCUACUCGUCAAGAUGGCGUCGAAAACCGUGACAAGGUCUAUUAUUUUUGGGAAAAUGCUGUUAGCAAAACUGUAAAUUUUCAGCUCUAAAUAUCAAAAGUAGCGAUUGCAACGGCCAUUGAAAAUCACAAGGAUUUGUAUGGAAAAAACAACUCUUGCCAUUCAGUCACGGUUGAGGAGUUCUCCAUACUAAUUAUUUUAAAAAUGUUUAAAUUCAAACUGUUGUUAAUUUUUUCCCUUCUCCAUUAGGUCUCAAAGGGCUCUGCAUGUUAAGAACAAAAGAAAAUUAAAGCCCCGUAAUGCUUAAGGAAAGAUUUUGAGACAUUUUGAAAUUAAGAAGUAUUUGUAUGACUGGGUGGCAGGAGUUGUUUUUCCCCUACAAAUCUUUAUAAUUUUCGCUAGGCCAUUGAAAUCACUACCCCUGAGAUAUAGGGCUAUAAAUAUACAGGUUACCUAAUUUUAAUAUGCUCUCUCAGUUUCUGAAAACUUCAUUUUUCUUUGCGUAAACAAGAAGUAGAUGAUCUUACAAAAUGCCUAUCGUGAUAGAAAACUUGACCUGGGUAAAUACAAAAAAUGCUUCAGAAGCAAAAUAAUUUGCAACUAAUGAAAUUCUGAGAGAAAUGAACACUGUUGUAAAUUGAACCCAGCAUUGGUCAUUUUAAAGUUAUUUUGUUUCCCCAAAUUAGUCACUAAAAAGCCUGGAUCACAUAAACAGUUAUAAUCAAUUGGAUAAAAUAAUGCUAAAUUGGAUUUCAUUGUAGGAAAAUAAUAUUUUAUUUUGCAUUUAUGGUAACAAUUAGUAGACUCAUUUAAUGUGACAUUCAUUUGCUUUUAUCAAGGUUCUGUAAUUGCUUCCAACUUUGAUAAUGUACACAUCUUGCAUGUGCAAGAGGAUCCAGCCUACAAUCCAUACUUCGGUCUUGAUGGUCAAUCAAGUAUGCUAAACAGCAAAGUAUAUUUGAAUCUCUCCCAGGUAAAUCAGUAUGUCAGGUUAGCACUUGUCUAUUAGUUGAGAACCUGUGUCCUUUGCUGACUCCAAAAUUUUUUCCCCUCCCCUUCUAAAGAAAGUUGUGUUGCUGUUUGAGCUACCCAUGGGAAACAACAAUUGCCUCAACUUUCAUGCAGUACUCAAAGCUGUGCUCUAGCAGUGCCUUGUAGCCCCUGGUGCCAAACUUUUGCUCCAGGCCAGGGUGACUAGAAAAUAGACUUUUUUCAUAGAAAUCAUAUGUUGGGCACCCUGGAUGUCUUAGGUUCAGCUAGAGUGCUGGGCUAGCUUCUUUCAGUUUUUCUAAGAACCCCAUUUGAGUACACCUAGUGUCUCAACAAUUUUGUGAAUGACCGUAAUUUCCUGCUAUUUUGUACUGUACAUGUAUAUUUUUUAGCAGAACCGCUUUCAUCACUUAAUUCCCCUGAAAGGUGUGAUGAACAACCCUUAAAUGUAACACAUUGAGACCCUGGUGUGGGUAAACGUAGUGUCUGUUGAACUUUUAUCAAAGAAGUCAGCCAUUGGACUCUCACUAUAAUGUUAACCCUUGGACAUACAUGCAAAUUCAAACCCCCACCGUGCUACAAAGGGGGGGGGGGGGGGGAUGGACCCCCCUAGAGUUCUUGAUAUGUUGCAUUAUUUCAAAACGAUUUUACCUUCAGUGGAAAACCUUUAAUCUUCUCUACAAGAUGAUGAGGUAUAUUUUAUGGCUGGUGGUGCUGCUGGGGGCCUGUGAUGACACCAACAAUGGUUGCCAUCUUGGCCGCCAUCUUGGAAUUUACCAAGAAUUAGUAAUCAUGUUAAAACCGCGAGAAAUGGUGAUUUUUUGUGCUUGACAUAAAAAAUAACACAUAAACAAGCACUUUGCAUGAUUUUAGCCACAAGAUUUACUUUUAUUGUUGAAAAAACAUGUACUUUCACUCAAAAAUGGCUUCACCACCUCCUCCUUAUAAUGUCAUGUCUCAUAACCAUAGAAACUGACCAUUACUGAACUUGACUCAAAAUGCGCGUUAGGGAUGAAUGAACAGCUACUGAAAAAAUUAGAUGCUGAUGUUUUAUCUGCUAGGAGAAAACUCAGAAAACCUUAUGGGGUUGGCAUCCACCCCCCUUGUAUGCCCAAGGGUUAAAGAUCUUAUUUGUAGUUUAAUUAGUAUAAAAUUUUAUGGUUGUAAAAAUGAACUCCAUAAAAGAGUGGCGAGUGUUCUUAUAUGGGGUCGAGGUACCAGAAACUACAAUCAGUUUACCUUCAUAUACCUGAGCAAUGGAAGCUUCUUUUGAAAUUGUUUGAAAUUACUCAGAUUUUCAAGAUUUGUGUUCAUGGUCUUUAGAAAAAGUUGUUUUGGAAAGAUUUUAGUGCUGUGUGAAUGUCUAUAACCUUGUAUGGUAUAAAUAGAGUAUUUGCUGCCAUUUCAUUCUCCAGUUGAAUUAGUAUAAUUUGUCUUCCUAACAGACCAACACUGGCACGUUUUUAAUGGCAGUCAACAAGCAAAACCAACUACAAGUGGAAACUUUGGUAAGAAAAGAUAGCUGCGAGAAAAGUCAUUUUUAUUAUUAUUAUAACUGUAAUAAUAAUAAUAAUUAUUAUUACUAUUGUUAUUUCAUAGUGGGUCUCUUGGCUUUCAAUCUUUUCUUUGUCAAUAUUUUUGAAAUCCACCCUGACCCACCCACGGGAUGUAGGUAAGGGAAAGCUCAGCAGGCUCUUCUAUUAGUCAAGCCUGCUUUUUUUACUCAACGGCACCUUCAAAAUUAACCAAUGUCUUUGUUUUCCAAAGUGAUUUGAGCCCCUAAAAUUAGCCAGCAACUGGCUCUUAGUGACGUCCUUGCACCGACCCAUGCAUCCACCCAUCCAACCACUUACAAAUCUUUUCAUCCAUCAACCCACUCUGGAUCGAUCCAUCCAUCAUGCUAAUUUAUCUAUAUCUAUCCUUGAUGAUCAUGAUUGGGUGCAUCAAAGAUGGAUUAAUAAUGAUGUUUAGAUGCAUGCAUCGAUCUGUCCACUCACUCAUCUGUACAGCCAACCGCCCAUUUAUCUAAUGAUACGUCCAUCUGUCCAUCCAUUCAUCCAUCCAUCCAGCCAACCAGCCAUCAGUCUAUCCACCUACCUAUCCUCUGGAAAAUCUCUUUGCUUAUUAGUUCUGUCUCCGGCAGUUUGUUCAAGUUUUAAUACUUUUGAAUUACUCAAUUAGGUUGUUUUUUUUUGUAGUUCUGUGUAACAUACUGCAUUGGAAACCUCAGUGAUCCUACAAUGCAUGACGUAUGCUACGAUACCAUUAAUGCAGGGAACCUUUAUAGCAAUACCAGUGCAUCUUUGCUCUCUCGGUAUAUUUACGAAAAGAACAUCAGUUUUCACAUUCCUGUCGCUUAUGGCCUUGUUGAGCUAGAAAUGACACCUGGAAAUAAGGUAUGUCAUCACCCUUGAAAAUUUUGCAUUAGAGCAGAUCUAACAAUUGUUGCUCUAACUUCAUUCAGCAUUGCUGGAUACAGAUAUUACAUUGCUGUUUGGACUGUGGUAAAUGUUGCUGGAUCAGGUUUGAAUAGUAGAAUCCAACGCCGUCUCAAGAUGGAUGAAGUUGGACCAAAAUGUUAAAUGCAUGCAACAGAUCAGUCAUUGAUCCUUCAAAGGGAGUCUUGGCUUGCCUAAUUUUUUGGUUUCCUGGUAGCAAAAGAACAAUUCCUAACGUUUAAAAUUUACUGAUUUUACGUAGAAGUCAAAGUAGCAUUCUUUUUUGUAAGGUAAGGUCUUAGUUUGAGGAAAAUCUGUUUUUUUUGCUAUAACUAAGCGAUUUCUCGCACAAAUGAUACUGAUUGGUCGAGAGCUAUGUUUCAUAAGAGUACAGACCAUGGAAAUGAUGGCCUGGUGGUGCAAUUUGUUUUUCUCUUUCUCACUUACACGAUUCUCCGAGCAACUGUAAAGGAAAUGGACGUCAAAACUUUCAAUCUUAUUGUAAAAAACAAAUCGACAACAAUUUUUAGACCAUGAAAAAUUGUUGUCGAUUUGUUAAAAAGACCACUGUAAUGCUGUAAACAAGGCACCAACUCAUAGCUUGGGUUGAAAAAUACAAUGACUGAAUAGUACCUAAUAGGCCUUUUGCAAUAUAGUUGGUCACGUGAUCAACUUUCUGUAAACACGAAAACAGUUCGCUUUUAGAAAAUGUUGUUGAAAGGACCUGUAAGAGCAUAUUACAAUUAGGUAAGACGUACGUUUUCAGCCCUAAACUUCAAAAGUAGCGAUUGUAACGGCCGCCGAAAAUCACAAGGAUUUUUAUAGGAAAAACAACUCUUGCCACCCAGUCACGGUUGAGUGGCUUUCAUACAAGUCCUUGUAAAUUUUGAAAUUUUUUGACUGUUUCCUUACACAUUUAAGGGCUCAAAUUAUCUGUUAUCAAUAAGAAAAAAAGAAAAUUUGAGCCCCGUCAUUAUAAAGGAAAGAUUUUACAACAGUUCGAAGCAGCUGUAACUUUUUGCAGAUAUAAAAACAAUGCGUUUUGGAAAAAUAGUUUUUGCAGAAAUAGGCAGCACAUAAGAUUUGGCUAACAUGUGAAUUUUCAGGGUUUUAUUUCAAGGGUAGAGAUUGCGACAAUCACUGAAAACUAGGAGGAUUUGUAUAGGAAGAGGACCUCUUUCCACCCAAUUACGGUUCAGUGGUGUUCCAAACAAACCUUAACUUUGUGAAUAUUGAAUUUUCAAAGCGGGAAGCUGUUUUUUACAUUCAAGAUUGAGGUUUCAAUAGUUUUUCAGUUCGUAUGAUGAAACUAUCAAGUGCUUGUAGAUUGUAGCAGUUGACUUAAAAAAAUGGCUGUAAUACAAUCUGUAGGUAAAAAUGUGGAUUGUAACAUUGAUACAAAAUAUUUAACCUUUGUACAAAAUUUCAACAGUUCCAAGCGAUGCUCGAUGUGAAAUAUUACCACUUGUCUACUUGCCUAAUUUUAGUUUGGGAGGUAAUUACUUUAUGUAAUUAUGUUAAUUAGUUCAGUUUGAGCUUAUUUUAUUGACGAUCUCCCGUGAGCGACCACUGUGUCGUGUACCAAGGGUGGUCACUCACGAGAGAGGUGACUGUUGUAAAAUUUCGGGCCCAAAAAGUUACUGGGACUCUUGAGACGUGCCUAUCGAUCGGACCGGAUCGGAUGACUCCCUGUAACCCUAUCCCCAACGUUACGUCAUUUAGUGACUCCAAGCGAUUGAUCCAGUCCGGUCCGAUCGUGGUUUUGUUUAAGUCUAUUUCAUUAAUUAAUGUUAUCAUUUUUUUUUUCUCAGUCAAACGUCACCUUCCUUGUGGGGAAUUAUUCGGAUCUAUUUUUUGUGGAUCAUCAAGGCGUUCUAAGAACCGGGCGAAACAUCACUCAACAGGACGUGGGAUCUCAUACGAUAGAGGUACGGCCUUGUUCACAGAAUAUGCCUACUUACCUUGCCUUGUUCAUCGAAGCUGCUCCACGUGCUUUGUUCUUGUUUUGAAAAUAUUCACUCGAUAAAUCCAAUAAAAUAUUUACUUGACUGAAGAAAAAAUUAUCGGAUCAACUCCACAACAUUUAAACUGUGGCGUAGCUGUCGACACACAGCGAGCUGGAAUUGACAGUCAAUCCAUCUGUGUGAAGCCUGGCACGCAGCUAAAAUGGUCGAGGAUAAAAGAUACCUCAUCGUGUGAGGCCAGAUAUCCGCAUAGAAAUUCUCUAAACUGAUCUCCAUACAUUUCCCUAGAGAAUUAACUUUAGAGAAUUAGUUUCGAAUCAAGGUAUUUUCCCUUAGGAGAUCAUUUUAUAAAUUCUCGUAGCCUUGUCUCUAGAUUAUGUAAUGAUAUUGACAGAAGAAACUUGAUGUUGGUCACUCUUGGACUUACUGGUUUAAGCCUGGUUUCCAUAUUUUCGUCCGCCCAAAUCGUGUGGAUCAUGCCACUCCUCCCAAAAACGUUUGGGACGAUCAAAACGAUCACAGCGUUUCAGUGUUUUCAGGUUUUCCGAAUAUUUGCCUCGAUUGUCUUAGCGCGCCAUCUUUUACAAAAACCAUUGGGUACUAGCCCAGUACUAUUCGCGAGUGCAAUCUAAUGUAUUAUGAGAACUUGCAAGUGUGUAUGAACACCGAAACAGUGCGACGUAAAAAUUGUGAAAUCCACUUGCCCAGUGGGCAAGUAGAUUUCAGGUUUCACUUUCCUCCAGUUAAAUAUUACUUGCCCGAAGAGAACGCAUUGCCUUACCAUCUGUAGUUCUAAGGCACCGUUUAUUUAAAUUGAUUCAUGCUUUCAACUAUUUUUGUUAGGGACUGUGCAAUAAUUAUCAGGAGCGGGGGCUGAAAAACUAGAGUUAUCUAGCAAAAACUUAGACAGUACUCCCCCUCCAAAACAAAAAAAAUUAGUUCUAACCCCCCUUCUGUUAUGUUAAAAAUAAUGUCGCACCCCCCCCCUCCCACCUCAAUGGUAAACUCAAAACUGGACUGAGCUGCUAUCACAGCUUCAAUAAUGACAAACGUUAUUAUGUAACAUCUAGUAUUGAGAAGGAUGUUGAUCGCUUGAUUGAAGAUUUAGACGAAGCAUUUGCUAAGUACCGGGGUGCUUACCACAUUGGCUCAAAAUCUAAAAUUUCUGAAGCCACAAAGAGAAAGGAGCAGAGAAAAAAAUCAAAGGAACAGGAGAUUGAACGCUUCAAAUAACAGACGAAAAAGAGCUUGCAUUAUAUUUAGAUCCUUGGGAGGAGAGCCUGUUGAACUUUGUUAUGAGCCACAUAUAUAUGGAAUUCAGCAAAUCGAUUCAGUCGAUGAAGAAACAUUACUUUUAUUCACAUCAAAAACCGACAAAGCUUGUCUACGAGAUCUGUUUGAUUCCCAUUGUUUUAUGGGGGAAGCUGAAAAACAAGUUCAUGAUUUUUGCUUUACAUAGGAUCAGCUCAAUUAAUUAGAAGACGGGUUAAAAUUGAUCAGUUGUGAAUUUGCUUUUCAUUUUGAUGGAAUAUUUUCAAUAAUCGUUUAACAGCUGUUCGUAUUGAUAUUUGUUACAGUCUAUCAUGAUGCCUGUAUUGAGAAUCUUUUAUUGCGUUUAAUUUUAUUUACAUUUCGAAUAAAACUUAAGGCCCCCCCUCCGUCAAAUGACUGAUUUUACUUUGAGCCCCCCUAUCUUGGCAGCAAUUUUAUGUAAUGCCCCCCUCUCUAGUUUUUCAGCCCCCCUCCUGAUAAUUAUUGCACAGUCCCUUACUCAUCUUGCAGUCUUCAGUGAAAUUGUAGUUUCUGUCUGGAAAUAAUCAUUAUUUUUACCAAGCUGACACUUUCAGACGGCCGCACAGGACCACUGAUUUCAUAUGCCCAGUAGGCCACUACACAUCACAAUCCCGGGCAAUCGGACUUGGGUUUUCCUGCCCGGCAAAGUCGUCCCAAUAGACCUCGCUCAUUUUCAGACAGCUGGCACUGUCCAAAUCGUUAAGCCUGGCGUCACAGGCGACUCCAUAUGAUGGUCUUGAUCGCCUGAACAUGAGUAUUUUGAGACAUACCGGAUGAUCGCGAAGAUCCGAAUGACUAUUUAGAAACAAGGCUGAGCAAUGCUUCCCCGUGUUACUGCGAGCACCUAAGGGCCAUGAAAGUUUGUUCACAUAAACAAUGAUUUAAAAAAAAAGAAAGUGAGUGUUUUUUGCGUUUGGUUCAAAAGAAUGUGGUAAUGAUGAUGGCUUAGGCGUAAGGACGGGAGGUCUUAAGUCAAGUUUCCACUGUAGAUUAGUUUCGCACCACCUAUUCUGAUAUGAUUAGUUGCGCGCGUUAAUUCUUGUUAUUUUUUCUCUCUGAAAAGAUAUUGCGAAGUAACUACAUGUAGACGCAAAUAGUGAUAUCAGAUUUUUUCUGACUGAUUAAUGUGAUGCUUGUAACAGUUUGUUUACGAUUUUUUUACACUGUGAAACUUUUGGUUGAAGCGUUACUUUCACUUCUGUCUGCGGGUGGGGAAUGAACAGGAAUUGUGGGCUCCUCCUAAGGCUUUUCCAGUGUUUUCAGUAAGAGCCUAGCACGAGAGAAUGGGAUUCUGUAUUCAGAGCUCAGAGUGCGAGCAGGCGGUUAUGGUUGUAGGCAUCCCCAUUUACCUAAAAACGACGAUCGAUUAACAGCGCCCUGGAAAUGUAGCCUACGCCACAGCUGAAACUAUACCCGUGGUUUAGUCUGUCUGCGAAAAAGCGCCGAAAUCUUUUCUCUAGGCCCCCACUUGUGUACAGGAUUUGAGUACGCGCCAUGAUUGACCUGUUAAAAGACCACUGUCGAUUUGCCAGGUUAAAGGGAAAUUCAAACGCAUUUCCAGUAAUUCAUUGAGCCCGUUGGGGGCUCAGAACAACGAUCUUGGCGCUGCUUCGCAGACAUUACUAACAGGGGUUUAUAUUAUGUCUGUGAAGCAAGCUCCUGGAAAUGCGGCAGAAGGAAUUCGGUUUUUUUUUUAUGAAGGAUGUACUUUUCAUUUCAUAAUGUCAAGUCCUUUUCGGUUGUUAUUUCUGGCAGGUUAGGGUUUUAGCCACUGUAUCAGGUGUCUCUAGAGUAGAUUGGGCUUUGAUAACGGUGAAUGUAGAACUGGAAAAUACCAUGCCACCAGCCUUUGAACAUCCACAUGGUUACACGUUCAGUGUAAAGGAAGAAGAAGGAGGAGGACUCACUGUUGGCUUUGUUAAGGUAUUUAUAUUAUUUUCAAUCCGAUUAUUGUUAAAUCCACUCAGAAAGACCAACAGCCAGUCAUUUGCAGGUCGGAUAUUGCUAUAAAAGUCCUUUUUUGCAUUACAAUCUUUUGAAUCUAAAAAUAUCUUUAAUUUGCCUAAUUUCAGUAAUUAAUUUUGAAAAGAGUAAUGCUGAUUUUAUAUUAAGAGAUUGACACAUUUUAGAGUGGCUAUUUUUAGUUUAUACUACAAUGUAGACAUGUGCCGUCCGACUCACUCAAUCCACGCAAUUUACUUCAGUUGCGAAAUAACUGGCUACAGAUUGUUCAGUUACCAUGGUAAUUAACAAUGUCCGUAAAAUAGCUUUCACUUAAAACAUUUUGGCCUUUGGACACUACCAUUAUUGUAGGCUGAAAUUCAAAUUUUGCUAUUGAUCCAUCAAUGUUAAAGUGCUAAUGAGAAUUGUUGGUGGCAUAUAGGUGAGGGUGAAUGUCCCUCCCCCCUCCCCCUGCUAGUUGGACACCGCGGUGAGCUUCCUUAACCAUGAGUUUAAGUCAACAAUUUUUCGAGUUUCGAGCAAUCCAGACCAAAUAAUUGGGAAUACGUUCUAGCUUUACACUUAAGACAAAAUUAGUGGUUUAUUUUGCAUUUAAAAUAAUAAAGCUAUUGGCAAGUAAACGUGGUACGCAAUAUUUCAUCCGAUAUUCAGACACCGACAAGUGGGUUGAAAACCGUUGUGCGGAGCAAUUUUUUGUAUUUAAGACCGGCUUCAAGGUAUCUCGAUAUCGGAUGCGACACUGAGUGGAGUAAUGUUCGAUAUAGCUUUUGAAAUAAACAAAAAGUCUUGAAGUAAUUCAAAGUUAAAGUACCCAACCUUCUAUUGAACUUGUCAUCUAACCUCCAAAUCCCCAUACUUUCUUUUCUUUUCAAGGAUUGUUAAUGGGGCUCCGUCACGCAAUUUCCCAUCGCUUACAGAAGCGAAGACUUGUCUUCACAGCAAUUGAAUUCCAAAACUAAUGGCCCAGUUUUGUUAUUUAAGACUAUAAAAUUAUUGGAUCAUUUUACGUCUCGGUGAAACUGCCCACCUACCCCUCCCCUAAACCAACAUUAACACUUAUUUCUUACUUGGGGCAAAAUGCUUGCUUAGGGGAGGGGUAGGUGGGCAGUUUCCCAGAAACGUAAAAUGAUCCAAAUUAUUGAGGCAUUGAAACUAUUUUCUGCCAUCUGUUGCUACGGAUGGCGCGGAUAGAAAUGGAUUGGACCUUGAAAAAGGUGCGUCAACCUUUUCAAGUUUUGAUGCCAAGCCUGCACAAACUGCUAAAAAAAUAUUAUGGUCAGUGCUCCCUGAUGACAUUUUUUUGGAGUAUUUUGCGUAUGAGUAAAGACACAAAUUAAUUCCUUGAUCUUAGAAUUGACCUAAAACAGUAAUAUCUUUUUGACAUAGCCAUUUUGAUGAGUAAGAGAAUUGAUUGUCAUGGACAAAAGAAAUGUCGGUUAAGCGGGUAGGCAGUCCUAUACCUCAACUGUUUUUUGAUCGUCAGUACUAACCUUUUUUUCCGUAAAAUAUAAUCACCCUUUUUUGUGAUACCUAAUGAAUUUUUCUUUUUGUUACCCUUCGAACAGGCCUUAUAUUUUGAUUUAA